AUGGCCGAUCAGAAACUACAUCCUGCAGUGACCGUAUCCAACAUCAAGACCUUUGUUCCCAUAACCCUGGAUCACGAAGCUUCGGACUAUAACACUUGGUCCGAAUUGUUUCGCCUCCACUGCACUGCAUACCUCGUUGCUGACCAUCUCUCUCCUCGAAAACCACCACCCACUGCCGCUGACAAAGACAAAGACAAAGAGCCUGAUGUCUCUUCAUCAUCUUCGGCCGACUCUUGGGAGCGGCUAGAUGCCAGCGUACUUCAGUGGAUGUACGGUACUAUCUCCACGGAUCUUCUCAAGACCGUUAUCAAAACCCAAACCACUGUGUAUGAUGCCUGGAAGGCCAUUGAGUCUUUGUUCCAGGAUAACAAAGCCACUCGUGCGCUGUUUCUGAAACAAAAGUUUGCCAACACUCGUUUGGAAAACUUUUCCUCCAUGGAGGCCGAUUGUCAAGAACUCAAGGUUCUCUCUGACCAACUGAGCAAUGUCGACGCUCAUGUCGAUGAACAGACUCUUGUUCUAUAG